AUGCCAGUGUUACAAUCCAAGAACGCCGGGGAGGGCGAUGCCCCUAAACAGUUCAAGCAGUCUUCGCGAAAGGGUAAGAAGGCAUGGAGAAAAAACGUCGAUGUUACCGAUGUGCAACGCGGUCUUGCAGAGUUGAACAAGGAGAUUAUCCAAGGUGGUGUCAUCAAGGAGAGACCCUCGGAAGAUCUGUUCACAGUUGAUAUCAAGGGUGAUGCUGGUCUUGAGAAGAAGUUCAACAAGCACAUCAAGAAGGGCCUCAAGGCUGACGAUAUCAUCAACGCCCGGUCGCCCGUUCCCGCCGUUUCCAUGCGCAAGCGCCCAGGCGACAAGACGAGCAACGGAAUUAUUCCCGCGAAGCGCCAGCGAACUGAUUGGGUGUCCCACAAGGAGCUCUCUCGACUAAAGCGAGUUGCCGAUGGCCAACAUGAAAACACCAUCCAAGUACAGGAUGCCACCUACGAUGUUUGGGAUAUGCCCGCGGUGCCCAAGGAGCCAGAGUCCGACGACUUCAUGGAAGAGAAGCUCAAGCCCAAGGCACCCAAGUCGAUGAAGAAGGAGCCCCUUUCUUUGCUGCAGAGCGGAAAGCAAAUACCUGCCGUGCUUAAGCCUACUGGAGGUUACAGUUACAACCCUAUGUUCACCGACUACGAGGACCGCCUAGCAGAGGAGAGCGAGAAGGCCCUUGAGGCUGAGCGCAAACGUCUGGAGAAGGAAGAAAAGGAACGAGUUAGGCUAGAGGCUGUUGCUCGAUCAGCAGCCGAGGCAGAGGCCGCUGAGGCUCGUGCCAACCUUUCAGAGUGGGAGGAGGACUCCGAAUGGGAAGGAUUCCAAAGUGGUGCUGAGGACGAAAAGGCAUCCGCUAAGCGCCCAGAGAGAAAGACGCAAGCCCAGCGCAACCGCAUCAAGCGUCGCAAGGAGGAUGAGCGCGCUGCUAAGCAGAAGGCUGCCAUCAAGGCUCAGCGCCGACAGGAGCAGCGCAUCAGGGAGAUCGCCGAGGAGAUUGAGGAACAGGAUCGCAACAAAGCGCUGGCUCAGAAGGAAGACGACUCAGCUGACCCUAUCGAUGAGCUUCGCCAAGAAAAGUUGCGACGCAGGCAGCUCGGCAAGUACAAGCUUCCCGACCACGACCUUGAAUUGGUUCUGCCGGAUGAGCUGCAGGAGUCGCUGCGACGCCUCAAGCCUGAAGGUAACCUACUCCGAGACAGGUACAGAAGCAUGUUGGUGCGCGGCAAGGUCGAGAGCAGAAGACAUAUUCCUUUCCACAAGCAGGCCAAGGGCAAGUACACAGAAAAGUGGACAUACAAGGAUUUCGUGAUAUAG